ACCCUCUUUCUAUCUUCACUUUCUCUCUUCUCUCUCUCUCCAGCAAAAAAGAAAACAGAGUUUCACAAUGUGCGACUCAGAUUAUCUCUCUCGCUGUUCCUCAUACGAGGCAGACGUCGAUUCAGACUCCGACGUCUCGAGCACCAGCUCGUACAGCGUAUCCGAGGAAGAGAUAGACAAUGGCUUUGAUGGUGAGUCGAUGAAGAAGACCAAGAAGCUGGAGAAGAAGAAGAGCAAUGUGUUGCUUGAAGGUUACGUUGUAGAUGAUUUGAAGAGGACCAAGAGUUUAACAGACGAUGAUCUCGAGGAGCUUAAAGGCUGUGUAGAUCUAGGCUUUGGGUUCAACUACGAGGAGAUACCUGAGCUUUGUAAUACUUUACCAGCUCUCGAGCUUUGUUACUCGAUGAGUCAGAAGUUUAUGGAUCAAGAUCAUUCGCCUGAGAAGAAAACGCCGAUGAUGCUUGAGUCUCACGUUAGUCCUAUUGCUAGCUGGAAGAUCUCUAGUCCUGGGGACAAUCCUGAUGAUGUCAAAGCAAGGUUGAAGUUUUGGGCACAAGCUGUGGCAUGCACUGUGAGAUUAUGCACUUGAGAAGAUGAAGAUUUGGAUUUGAAGCAAUCAAAGCUUUAAUGCAGCAGGAGUGAUAUCUCUUUAUAUGCUGUUCUGUUCCAGCUUUUAGGAGACUGACCUGCUUGAAACACCCCAUUUGUUGUAUGAGUUGUGUAUGCUCAAUGCUUAAUUGCCAAGGAAAGAUUUUGCUAGGAAAAUUUGUUGUAAUGCAUUUAUAUAAGAUCAAAUAAAAUAAAAAAAUUCUUUUGUUGAA